GGGCGUGAUCUCUUUCUCGCCUCACCCUGCCUUGAGCUGCAGCAGCUCCGCACGAGACGUUUCCCCCUCCCUUUCCCUCCCUGCAUCUGUGCUGUGUCGCCAUGGCCGUCGCUCAGCCGGAGGUUAAGCUCUUCGGGCGCUGGUCUUUCGACGACAUCGAGAUUAAUGACAUCUCGUUGGCCGAUUAUAUUGCUGUAUCCGUAGACAAGCAUGCGACAUUCGUACCCCACACCGCCGGACGAUACUCCGUCAAGCGCUUCAGAAAGGCACAAUGUCCCAUUGUUGAGCGAUUGACCAACUCUCUCAUGAUGCACGGUCGCAACAACGGUAAGAAGUUGAUGGCUGUCCGCAUUGUGAAGCACGCUAUGGAGAUCAUUCACCUUCUGACUGAUCAGAACCCCAUCCAGGUCAUCGUUGAUGCUAUCAUCAACAGUGGACCCCGUGAAGAUGCCACACGUAUUGGUUCUGCUGGAGUUAUCAGGAGGCAAGCCGUAGAUAUUUCCCCUCUGCGAAGGGUUAACCAGGCUAUUUACUUGCUCACCACUGGCGCACGAGAGUCUGCUUUUAGAAACAUCAAGACCAUUGCUGAGUGCUUGGCUGAUGAGUUGAUUAACGCAGCCAAGGGUUCCUCAAACAGCUACGCUAUAAAGAAGAAGGACGAGAUCGAGCGUGUGGCCAAGGCUAAUCGUUAAGCUAGUUUCACGAUGGUUCUUGGAUUCAGGAGUCCUUUAAAGUUUUACCUUGUGGAAUUUUCUUCUGAACUUCUGGCUCCCAGAAUCGUCAUGGUUAAUCUAUAUUUCUGACAUGUGGUUUAAUGAUGUGGCUAGUUUCUUAGUUUUCGACAGUAGCUCUAACUGGCUACGCGAUCAGCAGCGUUCUAUUUGCUUGGGCACACACUUAAUGAAACCCUCAAACAGGAUUGAUCCUCUGGGGAAUGAAUCUCA